CUUCGGCUGUGUUCAGCAUUUUAUGCUAUUUCGAUUUUAUCUGCGAUCAAAAAUGUGCGUUCUGAAUAACUCAGCGCGCAAAGUCGGGAACUGUAGUCCUCUGUUACCUGUACGGCCUGCAGCACCUGCAGCUUAAAAAAAAAUAAACGAUAAAAAAAAGGCUUGUAUAAUUGGCCACGCGCGUGACGGCAGUGACGGUCUGGUACAGUGGUACGGCUCUGGGUCCGCCGUGCUCUUCGUCUCAGAAAGCAAGAUUUGAAAGCUUUCCGCGAUGGCUGCUACUUUGUCAGCUCGACUUCUUAGGACUUCAGUCCGUAAGCACAGAAAUCUGAUUCAUCGAGGGCUGUAUCGGACGUCGGCACCGCUGAACCAGGAUGGCCAGAGCAUGAGCCAGACCCCGAUUCCGCCACUGGAGGACGUGGGUCCCCCCCAGUUCCUGGGCCUCAAGUGCGACUGGACCGAGAAGCUCCGCUUCCAGGCGCAUGUCGCCACCGAGGGGUAUCCCGUCUACCGGGUCCUCAACCGGGACGGAAAGGUCCUCGACCCCUCGCAGGACCCCCAGCUUCCCGAGGAGAUGCUGCUGCGGAUGUACCGGGGCAUGACGCUGCUCAACAGCAUGGACCGCAUCCUGUACGAGUCCCAGCGACAGGGGCGCAUCUCGUUCUACAUGACCAACUACGGCGAGGAAGGAACCCACUUCGGCAGUGCCCCCGCCUUGGACGACGGGGACCUCGUCUUCGGCCAGUACCGGGAGGCUGGAGUGCUGGUGUGGCGCGGCUACCCGCUGCCGAUGUUCAUGAGCCAGUGCUAUGGCAAUGAGCUGGACGAGUGCAAGGGGAGGGGCAUGCCCGUCCACUAUGGCUCCAAGAAGUACAACUUUGUCACCAUCAGCUCGCCUCUGGCCACCCAGAUGCCUCAGGCCGUGGGCAGUGCCUACGCCCUCAAGCUGGCCCAGAAGAACAACUGCGUCAUCUGCUACUUCGGCGAGGGAGCGGCCAGCGAGGGGGACGCCCACGCCGCCCUCAACUUUGCGGCCACCCUCGACUGCCCCGUCAUCUUUUUCUGCCGUAACAAUGGAUACGCCAUCUCAACCCCUGCCUUCGAACAGUACAAGGGUGACGGAAUAGUGGCGCGGGGUCCGGGGUACGGGAUUGCGUCGAUUCGAGUGGACGGCAACGACGUCUUGGCCGUCUACAACGUCACCAAGGAGGCCCGCCAGAUUGCCGUGGAGGAGAAGCGGCCCGUUCUCAUCGAGGCCAUGACCUACAGGAUCGGGCACCACAGCACAUCGGAUGACAGCUCGGCGUACCGGUCGGUGGACGAGGUGCGGUCCUGGGACCAGAAGGACCACCCCAUCUCCCGCUUCCGCAAGUACCUCGUUCGCAGGGACCUCUGGGACGACGACAAGGAGGCCGACUGGAAGAACGAGACCAAGAAGCAGUUGAUGCAGGCAUUUGCACGUGCCGAAAAGCUCAAGAAACCGCCGGUCAGCUACAUGUUCACGGACGUGUACGACGAAAUGCCGCCUGCACUCAAGGAGCAGUGGGACGGUCUGCGGCAACAUCUCCAGCAGUACAAAGAGCACUACCCCACGAGUUCCUUUGCCGACGAACCUGCACAGACCGACUGAUGGAUCGACGCACAUCACACUAAUGACAACGGGGCCCCGCCAGACGGAAUGCUUUCUUUCCAUUGCAUCGUUAUGCAGCAAAGACCCUCGAAAUUUUGCGCGACAGUAGUCACGUCUGUGAGUGUAAGAUGUGGCCGUGCUUGUGCUUGUAACUCGCCAAACGUAAGCCAGUAUUUUUUUUUUAAGAUGGCACCCAAGCCGAACGUUUGAUUGCUCCAAGGGUGAGCAAAGUUUCGUGUUGAGGCGAAUCUAGCGGCGAUGAAUCGGUGCAAGCAUGUCGCAAAUGGAUUACUUCGGUUUGGAAAGACGAAAACAUGGAGAGGGACAGAUGACCGCUCCGUCCUUGCACUUCUCAUUUUAAUUUGUUUCAGCCAGAGGAGUCUAUUGGUGGGCGAGGUUUGGUGUGAAAGGGACAGUGACUUUUCGGCAUCUCGACGUAGGGCAUUUUGCUCCUCGUGUACUCGAGUCUUUCUUUUGCACAAAAGCUAAGAAAAUUGUUUUCUUUUUCUUUGUUUUUAAGGUUUAUGUACAUUUUUGGGCAUUCUUUCUGUAACUACCUGUGCCUCAUUAUCUUUUUAGUUAAUUAGAAACUCUCAGUUCUCGCGGCCGAGUGGUUUUACGUUUUGAGCUUGUUCGACGGCCGUUCCGGGCCUGUACUUCGAAUGAAAUACCACGGUGUGAUAGCUUUUUCUUCCCGUUUGUCGGGAAAGAAGUGGUUUGUCACACUUGGAGAUUUCGAGCGGGCUUUCGGUAAGUUUCCGCUGAAAGGCACGGUCGGCGCAAACUCUCUUACAAGCGCAAGCUGCAAACUCUGCGUCGAAUCACGUGACUGUAGUACAGUGUACUAGAACAUGGGGUAGGGUUUGGACCAGCGCGACUCGACAAUGGGAGCUUGUGAGGCUGCGUGCGUACACAACAAUCGCGGCGCUGCAGUCGACAGGGCAGCAGAAAGUUGUUGCAGUUUGCGCCUGCACACGGUGCAUGCGCACAACCACUACCAUAGUAACACUACUGCUGAUGCGCCGCUGUUGACACCUAUUGCAAUCUACACCACACACACCUCAAGAGAGCCGCUCCGGUCCCUACACUACCCCGCAUUCUAGUAAACUAAUUGUACCGUAGCGCGAAGCAGUCGUUGCGGUAAGGAAGAGGCUAAAAUACUCAUUUGGAGCUUCCGCUUCAGACGGUCGUGUUAUGUGGGCAUUUGCGGUGAAAUUGGGUGCCUCUACAAAUUCAUGCAUUUUUUGAGGCAACGAAUGACAUUCUCCGAACAUUCUGGUAAUGUCCGUCUGAAAGCCGGAACACACUCUGUGAUACAUUCUGUUUCUAAGCAAACAAGUUAAACGCUCGCCCAUGUUUCCUUAAAACAGAAAAGAAAAACAUAAAUGCACUCGCUUUGAAUUUACCAGUCUUUUUCUGACUCAACUGGUUCGGUGCAGCACCGGCUUCCGUCUUCAUUCCGCACAUCCGUUUUCCGCACUCGUUUUGUGUCGAAGACGGCAGUCUAGUCGUCCACAGGGCAUGCUUACUGUUACGGACGUAUGGGACGAACCAAAUCUUUAACUUGGUGUGGAAGAGUGCUGGGCACUACUUGGAUGUACAUUAAAAAAAAUUAUUUUGGAAGUGAA